AUGGAAGAUCCGUGGGGUUCGCCGUGGGCUGUAGACUCGUCUCCAGCCAGGAUCGAGCUCCCAAGCGCGCCCCAGAACGCGCACUUCUCCGCCGACCACCUCUUCCCUCGCCGCGGCUCUCGUUCGCCGGCGCCGCCGUCGCGAUCGCGGUCACCGGCGGGGUGGGAGGACGACGAGGCCUGGGGCGGGUGGAAUGGCGGUGCGGCUUCUGACGGCGGUGGCGGCGGCAGUGGCAAGGAGAGCCCCGGAUGGGGGAGGAGCCCUGGGCUGAAGCCGGUGCAGGUCGCGCCGUCGGUGAGGUCUCUGUCGCCGGAUCCCUGGAAAGAGGUGGCCUUGAAGCGACUGGAUACGACGGCGGCGCUGGAGAAUGAUGAAGAGCGGGAGCCCAGGGCGAGGAGAGCUUCGGAGACGUCGGGCGACGAUCGAGCUGUAGAUUCCGCAAUCAGCCUUGGCGAAGAGCAGGGCUUGCAGAGAGGAAAGCAGUUGAAGAGUGAUAUCGUUCCCCUCGUGGUGCCGCCGUUGGAAAUUGAUGCGGCAGAGGGCGCAUGGGAUGCGGAAGUCGCGCCGGAAGCGCCGGCUGUCGAUGCAGUGAUUCCGGCUAUUCAGCUCGAACAGCCAGACUUUGCUCCCGACACUGGAUUAUCGCCAGUACUUGAUGUUGUCUGUGGAGAGGAGAAACAUGAGAUUUCAACGGCAGCUGAUGAUAUCCUUCGUGAAGAGGAGGCGAAUAUUGUUCCAGGGAGUUUCGAGGUGGAGGAUCAACAACGGCCCACAGCUGCCGUCGAAGUGAUGGGCAAUGCUGCUGAAGAUGCGGCAAUCGUUAUAGAGCCGGUUAUCAGCCAGCCAUUGCCCACUGAGGCUGAACUCGCCGCUGAAUCCCAGGCCUGGCAACAAGAAUCGGAGGUUAAGAUAUCCAAAGCGCCAGCAGUGAGUGAAGUCGACAGUCUGGGAGUACCAGCUCCUACUUUUCCGGACGAGACUGUGGAACGUUCUCCAUCUCGGGCAUCAAACAAACCAACCCUUCACUUUCCUAUUGAUCUUACCCUUCUCGACGACUUAUUUCCAGACACGCCGCCUAUCACAACCGAACCGGAGCUGGUUCCGGAUGUCAUCAUCGAUGACACCUUUGCUUCAGGCAGCGAGCGCAGAGCAUGGUACCUCAUUUCCCGCUUCGGGUCGAUGCGGAAGCACGAUAUGGGGGAUGAUGAUAACUAUGUGCGGGUCGGCUGGGCCGGGUCUCAAAUUCGAGAGCAGACUACCCAGACCGUGAGGAGAUGGAUGGAAGAAGACUCCAUUACCGGGCGCGUGGUCCUGGGCAGACGACUUGGAGGCUCGGGUGCGGCCAUGUUCAACUGGAACUCAUCAGCACCGCCGGUGGAAAUCGGAGAGUUCCUGGGAAGGCACUCGAGAAACUCGUCCAUGACUGUCCACUCGGCAGCUGAAUCACCUACUGCGUCGUCAUUCGGUUGGAACAGUAGCGUCCCAUCGUCACCAGCGGCUUCCAGGCAUCCUCUGGCCAAUGAGGUCCCGCAAGAAGAUGCGCGAGAAGUGCCAUCCCCCAAAGAAACCAAAGCGGACCCGGCUCUACAAUCGCUGUCUCUCGCGCCGCCGCCUCUGCACAACACUCGGGCGCAUAUCCCCACGCCCAUUCACAUCCCACCCACGUACAGCAUACAUCAAGACGAGGAUGAUGACGACUGGGGCGAGAUGAUGACCGCCACGCCGACCACUACCAUGUCAUUCACCGAGGACGAAGAAACUACGAGCAAGCGUUACAGCGUUCCUCCUCAGUCUGCUUUCCAGUUCGACACGGUGGUCGACAGUCUCAAACCCGUCCCACCAAAGACGGACAAGGCGCCGAGCAAACGACCAUUCUCGUGGCACCUGGGACAAACGCUCAGCAAGCCCUUUAGGCGAGGGCCCAAGACGCCCUCAACGCCAUCGUUCCCCAGCCCACUCUCGAAACCAUUGACGCCGCCCCAGGUUGCUCAAGCGGCAACUCCUCGCCAUGGGCACAACGUAUCUGCCAGUGUGUCGUUUAUUCAGCCGGCAGAACGACCUAAUUUGAGCGCGGAGGAGGAGGAGACUGUGGCUAAGCUGUUGGGGGAUAUUCCUGAUCUCACGUACAUGUUGCGUUAA